AUGGCCAAGAACGUUCCCGGUCCCGCUUACCCGACAUACAAGAGCCCAUACGGCCCUAAGUACCACUACCAGCCCAACGUUGCUGGAUGGACUUCUAAGCAGUUUGCCGGCCUUGGUUUCAGGGCUGGUGCCUUUGGUGGUGUCGCCCUCUUUGCCGUCAUCUUCUACGCCUCCGGUAUCCCCCGUGUGCAGGACGACAUCCUCAAGAAGAUCCCUGGUCUCAGAAGCUACUACGAGAGGGACAUUCCCGCAUCUGACAACCCCUUCUAA